CGGGUAUCCGAAUACUACUUGAGGCGCAAAACAGUUUUUCAUUUCAUUUAUACAAAAUAUAAUUUCAAGAUCAAGAUGUGUUUUAACAAGUGAAUAAAUCAUCAAAGGAAACAGGAGUGAGAACGCUGCGAACGUUUUAAAGUUUAUCAAAAGAUGGCGGAUAAAUACUACAGGCUUGUGUGCUUCGUGGUGAACAUUUGUCCUGAACCUUUACGACAAUUUUUCAUCAAGCUUGCCAAUCAAGAUGCAGGGUCUUCUUAUACAACCGUUGAUGCAUAUCUUGCGUACAGGCGGUCGGAUGUGAUGCAGCUGAAAAAGAAGAAAAGGAUCAGAGAAGAUCAGUAUGAUUUACUGUAUCCUGGUCAAGGGACCGCUGAUGUUGACCAAUGGGAUGUUACACUUCUUGUUACAUUACUUACGGAAAUGUUCGAAACAAGCAUGCAACCGCUUGAUAUAUUUCUCAUGAAGAAUGAAAUUCGCGGGAUACGUAACGAGUUGCAGCAUCUCCCAAACACUUCAAAUAUGACAGACAAAGAGUUUGAUGACUACUGGGGACGUCUUGACACUGCCAUUAUUGCUAUAGCAAAGCAGGUGUUUAGUGCGGGGCGUGAAGAAUUGUUUCGAAAGAAAAUUGAAAAUGCUAAAAGCAAUAACCUUCCAAACCUUGGGGAUACUCUACGCCAGUGGUACGAAGAAACCAUUAAACAAAUGCAAAGCAAGUUAGAUGACAUCGAGUCAAAUACCAAGGAGACGACUUCAGUUCUUCGACAAGUGACUGUUCAAAAACCCGGACCUUCAGGCGACAAAAAUAAAAGAAUUAAAACUGCCGAUGGCAUACUGGCAAAGCUUCAAGCCAGUUUUGAAACGACAAUGAAUGAAUUACCAGAAGAUUUCAAUGCACCUUCAGAAGUUGCCGACAUCCGAACAAAACUUAGAAACAAUCACUACGUGGUUGUAACCGGAAGUUACAAUAGUCGUUAUUUUGAAACAGCACUUGCAGCCAUUAAAGGAAUGUGUUAUAAUACCAAACGAAGUGUCGAGAUGCACGAGUCGUCGGACUGGCGCCAUAUCGACCCCGAAGACGUUGGCUUCGUCCUAUGCAGAAAUCCGUUUGGAAGUUUUUCGUAUGAUGAAAACAAAGCUAAAGCUAUGUCAGAUAUAUUCAACAGCAUGAUGCAUACAACAAAAGGUGAUGAGAACAAAACUUUAGACCUAGUCAUAGUAACAGACCUGACGGUUCUAAAUGAGUGCAAACAAUAUCAUGAUCAUGACAUCCUGGAAGAAAUAGUAAAGGUUUUUGAUGAUACAAGUGAAUCACAACCGGCGGACCUUACGCUUGGGAGUAGAAAUCAGAAUAUGAUCUCGAACUGUUCUCCAGUUGCCAACAACUUGGGAGUACUGACGAGCAACUUCUUGAAGCAGUAUAGCAUUUCCAGCAGUCAAGUAGAUGCAAGCGUAAUUAAAGAGGCAAAGGACAAAUUUAAAGCAAAGAAAGCCAUCGUGAUCACUGGGCCGAGAAAAUGCGGAAAAACAUCAGUAGCAGUUGCGUUGGCGUCUUCUUAUCAGCCUUCACAAUGUUCGCUUCUUACAGAACCAAACGAUUUUAAGAAAAUUGACUUUCAAAACAUAUGCUUGAUCAUUAUUGAUGAGUUUGCCGGAAAGUAUUGUUACGAUGAGAGAUACGUUUACAACUGGUUUAGCAUGUUUGAUCAUUUGUAUAAUGCCAUUAUGGCAGGACAGAUAAACGUGAUAAUCACGUGCAAAAAAGGCAAACUGGACAAAUGUUGCACAGAGAUUUCAUCACAUCCUGUUCUUUACCACAGAGUAGACAUGCCAGCACGUACCACUGUCAUUAAACAGGAGAUGGUACUUCAAAAUACAGAACAUACUUUAAGCGUCGUGGACAGCCCUGACAGAUCUGUAAAUUAUAGUGCGAUUAUGGACACAAGUCGUACGGGAAUUGCGGGAGCAUUUAACACACAGUAUGGCAAUGGCAAACCGACCACCAUACUGAGAUUGCCACAAGUAGGCACAGCUCAAGACCAAGACAUCUCCCCUAUAGGAAUACAGGGAUCGGUACAGAACUUCAUGACCAGUAGAAAUCUGUUUCCCACUACUUCGAACAAUAUUCUUCCAGCACAGGCAUUAUCAACAGAAAGAGGAGCAAGAUAUGUAGACAACUAUGCGGAUCAACAAUUACAGGUACAUAUGGUGGACUCAAAAGGGGAAUAUUCGGGACCUUUAACAUGUGUGUUAGAACAAACAGAGGAAAGACAAAUUUGCGAUUGCCAAAAGACAGAGCGGCAGGACUUAACCAUUUCUCGUAAUGGGAUUGCCGGCAUCGUGUUUGCAGAACUUUCACGACUGUGCAGCACAAACAGUAUCAAAGAGGAUGAUGGGAACUCUGUGUUGUUGUUCACUAUAAAAUGUAACAACGUUUUCUUCCUGUCUAAAGACGUAGAUGUCAUGUGCUUUGUUUAUAAAACGCUGCUAGUAACACAUGACCAGGCAAGAAUUCCAGGUGCACAGAGAUUAACAGGUUCACAUGUAUGGUCAGUCAAGGAUAAAUAUAAGAGUAACAUCCGGGUAAAAGGUGACAGAUCUGAAUGUGAUAUCCAUGGUUGUUGUCUUUUACCUUCUGGAGAGAUUCUGCUAGCAGACUACACAAACAAAAGACUGAAGAAACUUGAUACCAGGUACCAGGUGAUCAGUGUGUGUGAUAUGCCUAUAUCUCCCUAUGAUGUUUGUUAUAUCGGUAACAAUGUAGCUGUAGUAGCACUGUCCAACAAUAAACUGCAGUUUGUAGAUGUAAAGGGAGGUAUGACACUUACCAAGUCUGUUGAUACAGAUCAUAUUUGUUGGGGACUGGCCUAUGGUAAUAACCAGUUAUAUGUUACAGAUCACAGGUCCGUCUAUAUAUACAGUAAAGACGGUAUAAAGCAGCGUAUUCUAUAUACUCAUCAGUCUGGUUAUACUAACUUCCAAAAUAUUGCACUCAGUGAUGAUGGCAGUUUGAUAUACAUCUCAAAAUGGGCUGGUGAACUUGUUACCAUUGACAGCUCAGGAAACCACCUGUACACAUUUACUGAUUCAGAACUCGGUGGAGCCGGUGGAGUUUGUGUAGAUGGUGAAGGUCAUGUCUUAGUAUCUGACUUAUCCUCAAACAAGAUACUACAACUUAGUUCUGAUGGUAAGAAGAGACUGGGAAUCAUAUCACACGGAUCUGAUUACGCAUACAUGACAAGAACAUUUUGUUUUGAUAAACAAAAUGCAGCCUUGGUAGCAGCUGGCUAUGAUGAUAACGUUAUGGUUUUAAAACUGCAGUGA